UUUACCUGGGGUAAAAUCAGUGUUAUGAACCCCCCUCAGGCUGUAGAUGUUUCCGUUUAGAUUGUAGCCCCUGGGGUUGUGUAUUAAGGCUGUAUUACGUACACUGCCUCUGUUCAUGUGUUACCUGGUGUAGGUAAACCUUCUACCUGUUCGCUGUUGUCAUUAAUGCCGCUUACCUUUUAUCAGGCUAUGCUUCACUGGGCCUGUGUUUAUGAAGUUGUUUGAGCCAUUUAUUCCCCUCUGACAUCCACAGGUGGAGGUCGAUACCUGUUGAAGUGUUACUCAGAGAAAUCUACCUGGAUACGCUAUAAACCUGGUCAUUUGUGCUGAUUGCAGUAAUUAAGAUUCACGCUUGGAGGUGGAAAUGCCAAGCUGUAAAGGGUUUGUUGUUGCUGAAGACAACACCUAGCUGAUUACUGGAGCUUUCGGAGUGAUGGAUGGUAAACCAACUCCCCAGAGACAUUGUACUAGCUGAUAACUGUGAGAGAGUGAGAGUUGCUUGUGGUAACAUGCUGUACCUGUCAUGAUGCGUAGGUGGAAACUCCUCAAGUCUGCCAUUGUCUGCUUGCUCCUUUGUGGAGUCUACUUCGUCUUUUCACUUUGGACACGAUGUGAUGUGAAUAAAAAAGACGACAAUUUUUUUAGGGACGAGAAUCGGCAGAUUGAUGGAGAGUUACAUUACCACAACAGAGGUGCUCAGUCUUUCAACAUGGUGGAAAAAAUGUCACAAGAAAAGGGACCAGUCAAAUAUCAGGAAAUUGAAUGUGUGAUCAAUGGGGAGUAUUCUGUUCAAGGGAGAAGAGAAGAAAAUGAAGUUUACUUCCCGUUUAGCUUUUUACAGAAAUACUUUGAGGUGUAUGGUAAAAUAGAAGAUUAUGAUGGCUAUGAGCGCUUUGAAUGGCAGCACAGUUACUCUAAAGUCUUCCCUCCCAAAGAGAAGUACAGUCCAGAUGGAGUUUUCAUGUCCUUUGAACAUUACAAUGUGGAGGUGCGCGAUCGGGUCAAGUGUAUCAGCGGAAUGGAAGCUGUGCCCCUGUCCACCCAGUGGGGCCCUCAGGGCUACUUCUACCCUAUCCAAAUAGCCCAAUAUGGCCUGAGCCAUUACAGCAAGUACUUGCGAGAUGGGAAGCCUGAUGUGGUAAUCCUGGAAGAUGGAGAAGAGGAGGAUGUGUCUGAUUGGACUGUACCAGAUCGCAAGUCACAAAUGGACAUCAUACGCGAUGGAACUCUGGAUACGAAUGUGAUCGAGUUCAAAACUUCAGAUUCAUUAAAGAGUCGUGGAAUAGUGAUGUCACUUGAUGAGGAGGCAGGCUACAUUUUUAAUGUUCAGAUGAAGUUCAUUACAAAUGGAAGCAUAUCUGUGACGCUAGAAACAAACAAUGGGGAUAGUAUGCGCAUUCAUUACGUGCAGAGCACAACCCUUAUGAUGUUCCACGGUAGAGAGAUUUUCUACGGCUUGGGCGAUCGCAGGAAAAAAUGGAGUCGUAUAACGCGAGAUCUCAUCAUAGAUCUUCAGAAAGGCUUGGCCUUGAAGUACGGCAAAUCCAAACGCAACCAGUUGAAGUCGGACUUCGUGAAACUGGUCAGUGUUUGUGUGCGGGGUCAUGGUUACAUCGACAACGUGACACUAUCAUCGUCAUCACAUCUGGACCAGUUUUAUGAUGCAGCUGAUUGGCUGGUGCGGCACCAGGAUAGCCGUGGCGGCUGGCCAAUCAUGGUGAAGCGUCGACUGGUACCCGAAGUGCUGGACUUACCACCGGGCUGGUAUUCAGCUAUGGCUCAGGGCCAAGCCAUCUCCCUUCUAAUCCGUGCCUACCUCAUGACAAAAGACCACAAGUACCUAGACGCUGCUCUGGACGCAACUAAACUUUACGAGAUCAGCAGCGAGCAGGGAGGUGUGCUGGCCAAGUUCGCAGGCGUCUAUGACUGGUACGAAGAAUACCCAACGACACCCAGUAGUUUUGUGCUGAACGGAUUUAUUUUCUCGCUGAUCGGUUUGUACGACCUGACCCAAGUGGCACCUUCAGACAAAGCCGAGCCGGCAGAACGCUUGUACAAUGCGGGCAUUCAAUCGCUCAAGUCUAUGCUGUUGUUGUUUGACACUGGUUCUGGUACGAUAUAUGACCUGCGCCAUUUCACACUGGGCAUGGCGCCUAAUCUGGCUCGGUGGGAUUACCACACAACGCACAUUAACCAGUUGUUAUUACUGGCCACCAUAGAAUCAGACCCUAUAUUCAGGACUACAGCUGACCGCUGGGUUGGCUACAUGAAAGGGCAUAGAGCAGCUCAUAACUGAACAUGAUGCCUUGGUGUAAGAUUACACGAAAUUUUAAUCCGACAUUGCUGCCCUCAUGACAUGCUGGAUUAUUUAUGAUUCAUUGUGAACUCAACCUGAGGAAGCAUACAUGUAUAUUAUUAAGCAUGCUGGUUGUGUCCAGACAUUUGUGUGCAUCUCUACACCAAGUUUGACUGUGUACAGGGUGUUCACAUGUGAUACAGUGAACUACUUCAAAAACGUGGAGGUGGUGAUGAAAGUUUGAAAAUGAUCACUGAAAUGUCAAGUGAUUUGUGUCAUCUCAGUUCUUCCUGGAACCAUAUUGUGAUCACAAAAAGCUACAGGAACUGUGGCUUCUGUUAGAAAAUUUAGCUCGGAAGUUUUUCUCUGCGUGUGUUUCUCAAAUCUUUUAGAGGAUAGAUCAUAACAGAUCUAUUUUACAUAUUCUGUUGGGGCAAGAACUUGUGUACAGAUUUUUUUUUGUAACAAAGCCUUGUGUCUUAUAAGAUGUAAAGACUUUGAAUAUUAAGGCUGUAUUAUGGUUGUUGAAUUAGUGCUAUUGAAGAUCGCUUCUGGAUGUGUCAGUUAGGAUUCAGACAGGAACAGUUAGUACAACCAUAUUGGAUAUCUGGACAAAAUAAGCAGCUAUUCCACAGAUGUCCUUUAUGCUAGACUGCACCAUUCCGUGUCUGAUAACUACAGACUUAAGUAUGUUUCUCACCAUGUAAAUUAUGAGAUUUUCAUCCCAAGUGCUACAUAAGACAUGAACUCAUUAAUUACGGUAUUUGAUACCCAUGGGAUUAGUAUAGUCUUUUGUUUUCUGUCUCAAAUACAAAUGAAAUAAUUGUACGUUUUUCAUUGAUGGCCAUAUGGAUAUUGGAAGAUGUGAUGAUGUUGCUGGGUGUAAAAAUCUUUCAAACCUAUGAAUCAGAAUUACAUAUAAAUGAGAAUUAACUGUCAUGACUCAUCUGAUAAACAAAGAACAAUGUAUUCGCUGAGCAAACUUGUAAAAUUUAACAAUCUUGCACUAAGGCUAUAUAUAUGUGUUUCGCAAAUUUAUCACCUUGCAUUUGGACUACUCCAGUUAUGCUUCCUUGGAUGAGAGGUCUGGAAUGAGCUGAGAAAGCUCCAAAAUUUAAGAUUUCAAACUGCAAAAUUUCAAGAUCAGCAAUCUUUCAGAGAAUGACUCCAGAAGUACAGCUCUGGGACAUCAUGCAAUUUUAGUGUAUUUUUGCAGGCACAUAAUUUUACAACACCUGCAUAUGCGUGUAAAUUGACUCCUACUAAAAAUACAACAUAAUGGAUGACGGUCCUACAAGUAUUUAGCACACAAACAGCAAAGUUCAGCCUAAUAGAAUCUACACAUGUUUAAUCAGUUUAAGAUACACUACAGUUAUCCACAUGGACAUUUGACUGUAUGUGAUGAUUUCUGGGACUAUGAAAUAAGCUUGCUACAGGUUAUAUUUCGAUUUAAGUUAUACUCUGUGAGAGGUUAUAUUAUUGCCGUGUUGGGUAUGUUAUGGCCUAGCAGGUUCUAUCAUGGCCUUUCCAGGUUAUAUUGUUACUGUGUAGGUGAUGUUACAUCCUUUCCAGGUUAUGCCAUUACCCUGUAGGUAAUAUUAUAGCCUUCCCAGGUUAUUUCAUUACCCUGUAGGUAAUAUUACAGCCUUCCCAGGUUAUUUCAUUACCCUGUAGGUAAUAUUAC